CAUCAACCUGAAUCAUCCCGGGUUCUGCUUUGGGAAAAUGACCCAGCUAAUGACUUCACGUUAGAUGCUCUAUAUAAGUCGAGGAAAAAACCAGGCAUUCGCAGAGCGCACAGGCUGGAUUUAAUCAAAGCCGGGAAACGACCUCGGAAGGGAUUACGGUCGAGUGAGCACCACAGUUAUGUCACAGCCAGACCCUGUGAAAAAGAAGCGUCCUCCAGUGAAGGAAGAAGACCUCAAAGGAGCCAGAAGAAACCUUUCCAAAAACCAGGAAAUUAAAUCCAAAACCUACCAAGUGAUGAAGCAGUGUGAACAAAUGGGCUCUGCAGCACCCUCCAUAUUCAGCAAGGAUCGGACAGGGGGUGAAACAGUCUUUGAGAAACCGAAAGAAGAACCGGCCAAGAGCGUCUUUGGCUGAC